CCCGGUCCAACCCGCUGCGCCAUCGCAUCCCCCACAUCACAGCUCCACUUCUGGUAAAAAAUGUAAACCUGCUGUAAAUGAAAAGAAAAUUAAUAAAGGGUAAUCAAUAAGAGUCAUUCUCUUAGUUCACACUUAAAGUCCGCAGUACUUCACUCUUUCGGGCUUUGAACCAAGAAGCUCCAGCCAGGGUCGCUCGCCGUGCCCUUCACCACUGCGCCACCUGCCGACACAAUCCGUCACCUGUGCGGGCGGGGCGCGCGUGCACCCAUGGCACCGCCCCCUCCUGUGCACGCGGAUCGUUCCCGAAAGAUCUCGGCUCCGCGAUGGGGCCACAAGGGCGGGGCAGCGCGAGCGCGGCCGGCCACUAAGGCGCGAUGUCGGGAACGAGAGCGUGGGAUCCCCGCAGGCGGGGGGUCGGCGCGGCCCCGGGAUCGCCUCCCCCGGACUCGGUGGACGGACAGCUGCUCACCCAGAUCCACAGGAUGGUCGCGGACGAGGAGGCGCUCAGCGCGCAGCCCGCGCACCCGAGGCUGGCGAGCGAGGACGCGCGCAGGAGCACCUUCGUCGGCUGGCCGCCAGGCGGCGCUGUCGGGCCCGAGGCGCUCGUCCCCGCGGGCUUCUUCUAUACAGGCCACAACGACAACGUCAAGUGCUUCCACUGUGAUGGAAGCCUGAGGAACUGGGAACCUGGAGACGACCCUUGGAAGGAACACGCCAAGUGGUUCCCACGGUGUGAGUUUCUGCUUCAGGUUAAAGGACUGGAAUAUGUGCGCAGCAUCCAGGAGUCCAGUUUCUCCACGGGCCCAACUGCAGGUGCGUCUCUAGUGUCCACCUCUGUUGGAGAAGAGCCCACGGAGAGACGGGGCACCGCUGCUGGCCGAGGGGGAGUGCAGCGCCAUGGCAGGGCUCAAGGCUCGCAGGGACUCAGCGCUGAGCAGCAGUUGCGGCAGCUGCAGGAGGAACGCACCUGCAAGGUGUGCCUGGACAGGGCCGUGUGCAUCGUCUUCAUCCCCUGCGGGCACCUGGUGGCGUGUGCCGACUGCGCGGCCAGCCUGCAGCACUGCCCCAUCUGCCGCGCGGUCGUGCGGGGAAGCGUGCGCACCUUCAUGUCUUGAGAGCUGCGCUGCUGCGAGACUCGCUGCCAUCCCACCCCCAGGGUCAUUUUCCCCUUGGCGCGGUGCCCCGGGGUUGGCGGGUGGCUCGGUAAAUGUUGUGCAGAUGUUCGAAGGUAACGCGUUGGCGCUCCCACUGAGGCCGACUGAGGGACGGAUGAUGUCCACAACGCGGAGCUCAUAGUGCUCAUGUGACCACAUGGAGAAAGAGUUUCACAUUUCUACAUUUCUUCACACACACCGGCUCCUCAACUUACAAACUCUGUUUGUAACUCAUUUUGUUUGUAACUCCAAAGCCACAAUUACCACUAAUAAAGUCACUAAUACCAUGCAGUGAAAACCUAGUAUAAUUACCACUUUAUUUGCUGUCCGGUUAGGCUCUGUAAAC